AUGCAGAAGAUGUGGGACAGAAGCAGAAGGUGUGGGACAGAAGCAGAAGGUGUGGGACAGAAGCAGCAGGUGGAACAAAUGCAGAAGAUGUGGGACAGAAGCAGAAGGUGUGGACAGAAUCAGAAGCAACAGGUGUGGGACAGAAGCAGAAGGUGUGGGACGGAAGCAGAGGUGUGGGACAGAAGCAGAAGGUGUGGGACGGAAGCAGAAGGUGUGGGACGGAAGCAACAGGUGUGGGAGAAAGCAGCAGGUGUGGGACAGAAGCAGAAGGUGUGGGACAGAAGCGAAGGUGUGGGACGGAAGCAGAAGGUGUGGGACUGGAAGCAACAGGUGUGGGAAGAAGCAGCAGGUGUGGGACAGAAGCAGAAGGUGUGGGACAGAAGCAGAAGGUGUGGGACAGAGCAGGCAGGUGUGGAAGAAGCAGCAGGUGUGGGACAGAAGCAGAAGGUGUGGGACGGAAGCAGCAGGUGUGGGAGAGAAGCAGCAGGUGUGGGACGGAAGCAGAAGGUGUGGGACAGAAGCAGAAGGUGUGGGACGGAAGCAGCAGGUGUGGGACAGAAGCAGAAGGUGUGGGACAGAAGCAGCAGGUGUGGGAGAAGCAGCAGGUGUGGGACAGAAGCAGAAGGUGUGGGACAGAAGCAGAAGAAACAGAAGGUGUGGGACAGAAGCAGCAGGUGUGGAAAGAAGCAGCAGGUGUGGGAAGCAGCAGGUGUGGGAGAGAAGCAGCAGGUGUGGGAGAGAAGCAGCAGGAGUGGUAGAGAAGCAGCAGGUGUGGGAGAGAAGCAACAGAUGUGGGAAGCAGCAGAAGCAGAAGGUGUGGGACAGAAGCAGCAGGUGUGGGACAGAAGCAGAAGGUGUGGGACAGAAGCAGAAGGUGUGGGACAGAAACAGAAGGUGUGGGACAGAAGCAGAGAUGUGGGGAGAGCAGCAGGUGUGGGACAGAAGCAGAAGGUGUGGGACAGAAGCAGAAGGUGUGGGACAGAAGCAGAAGGUGUGGGAGAGAAGGUGUGGGACAGGAAGCAGGUGUGGGACAGAAGCAGCAGGUGUGGGACAAAUGCAGAAGAUGUGGGACAGAAGCAGAAGGUGUGGGAGAGAAGCAGAAGGUGUGGGACAGAAGCAAAAGGUGUGGGACAGAAGCAGAAGGUGUGGGACAGAAGCAAAAGGUGUGGGACAGAAGCAGAAGGUGUGGAGAACAGCAACAGGUGUGGGACAGAAGCAGAAGGUGUGGGACAGAAGCAGCAGGUGGGACAGAAGCAGAAGGUGUGGGACAGAAGUAGAAGGUGUGGGACAGAAGCAGAAGGUGUGGGACAGAAGCUGAAGGUGUGGGAGAACAGCAACAGGUGUGGGACAGAAGCAGAAGGUGUGGGACAGAAGCAGAAGGUGUGGGACAGAAAGCAGAUGGUGUGGACAGAAGCAGAAGAUGUGGGACAGAAGCAGCAGGUGUGGGGCAGAAGCAGAAGAUGUGGGAAGGAAUCAGCAGGUGUGGAAAAGCAUGUGCAGGUGUGGAAGAGAAGCAGCAGGUGUGGGAGAGCAUCAGCAGGUGUGGAAAGCAUGUGCAGGUGUGGAAGGAAGCAGCAGGUGAGGAGAGCAUCAGCAGGUGUGGGAGAAGAAGCAGAAGCUGUGGGGAGAGAAUCAGAAGGUGUGGGAGGGAAAUCAGCAGGUGUGGAAAAGCAUGUGCAGGUGUGGAAGAGAAGCAGCAGGUGUGGGAGAGAAGCAGAAGGUGUGGGAGAAUCAGAAGGUGUGGGAGAGAAUCAGCAGGUGUGGAAAAGCAUGUGCAGGUGUGGAAGCAGCAGGUGUGGGAGAGCAUCAGCAGGUGUGGAAAAGCAUGUGCAGGUGUGGGAGAUAUGCAGCAGGUCUGGGAGAAAAGCAAUAGGUGUGGGAGAAGCAGCAGGUGUGGAAGCAGCAGGUGUGAGAGAGAAGCAGCAGGUGUGGGAAGAAGCAGCAGGUGUGGGAGGCGGAAGAUGUGGAAGCAGCAGGUGUGGGACAGAAGCAGGUGUGGCACAGAAGCAGGUGUGGGACGAAAACAGCAGGUGUGGGAGAGUAACAGCAGGUGUGGGAGAAAAGCAACAGGUGUGGGAGAAGCGAGGUGUGGGAGAGAAGCAGCAGGUGUGGGAGACAGCAACAGGUGUGGGACAGAGGCAGAAGGUGUGGGAGAGAAGCAGCAGGUGUGGGGCAGAAGCAGAUGUGGGACAGAAACAGAAGGUGUGGGACAGAAGCAGCAGGUGUGGAAAAGUGCAGCAGGUGUGGGAGAGAAGCAGCAGGUGUGGGAAGAGGGGGGCGCAGGUGUGGGAGAAGAGCAGGUGUGGGGCAGGUGUGGGAGAUAUGCAGCAGGUCUGGGAGAAAGCAACAGGUGUGGGAGAAAGCAACAGGUGUGGGAGGAAGCAGCAGGUGUGA